ACCCAGGCUGCCCCUUGGGGACCUGAGGAAGCGGGUGGGCCACGUGUGCCCCAUCCAGGGCCCCAGGGGAGGGCCAGGUGGGCAACUGCAGUGGGAGGCAGUUGGAUCCUGGCUCCCAACCACAGCAGGGCAGUUGGCAACUGUCCCUCUGGGAGAGACACGGAGGUGUGGCAGUCCUGGGCCCUGGCGGAGGCUAAACUGGGGCAGGGACCAGAGAAGGUUGAAGGUGAGGCCCAGACACACUGCAGAGGUGGUCUGGGGAGUGACUGCCAGCAAGAGGGACGAGGGAGGCCCUCCAGGGAGGGGGUCAGCGCUGCCUUGGGCUGUGAAGGCAGAUGAGGCUCAGAACCGGCCAGGUGGGCCUUGAGGCCGCCCGGAGGCUGGGCCCUGACCCCAGGCAGCGCCGGCCCCUGCUGCUGCUGGGCCUGGUCGUGGGCACCUACGGCCUGCUGCCCCUGACCACGGCACCACGGAGAGAGGCCCGCGGCCCCCGGGGCUGGGCAGGAAGCCGGUCCAGCCCACGGAGCCAGUGGGGCAGCCCUAGGUUCCUGCUCAGGCCCGUGCCCCAGGGAGCAGGCCCCAGGUGCUGGCCGCACGGGUUCUGGUCUGAGUCACCGUGGUUUGUCUUUGGCAGUGGGACCCAGCUCCACGUCCUUGGUCAGCCCAAGGUCACCCCCACCAUCACCCUGUUCGCCCCUUCCCGUGAGAUGCUCAGAGCCGGCAAGGCCAUCCUGGUGUGUCUGAUCAGCGACUUCUACCCGGGCUCCGUGACGGUGGCCUGGAAGGUGAACGGCACUCCAGUUUCCCAGGGCGUGGAGACCUCCCAGCCCUCCAAGCAGAGCAAUGGCAGGUACGCGGCCAGCAGCCUCCUGAGCCUGUCCGCCCGGCAGUGGGGACCUCGCAGCGCGUUCACCUGCCAGGUCACGCACGAGGGGAGCACCGUGGAGAAGAGCGUGACCCCCGCGGGAUGUUCUUAGGGCCCCCCACGCCCCCUGGGGUCUGGAGCCACAGGAUCGCAGGAGGGGUCUCCCCUCCCACCGCUGCUUAUCCCAGCCUUCUUCAUGACGCCCAUAAACCCUCAAUAA